UGCUGUCGCCUGGCUGCGUCAACUUCACCAAUGUCGGGGUGCGCAGCCUCACGAGCUUCACCGUCGUCGACUACAUCCACACCACCGAGCUGUGGGUCCUGGUACCGGUCACGCCCUGCCUCUGCUCCUUCCGCUUCAGCGAGUGGCAGGCUAUCACUUCACUCGAUAUCAAUACGCUCGAUCAGUAGAUGUAGCGAACAAUCUAAUGAAGAAAUAGUAUACGAUGAUAAAUCAUGGGCUAGGGCGUGACCGGUACCAGAGGCAUCUCUGUGAAAUCGAGCGGAAGGUGGUGGUGCUGAAUGACUCCUUGAUGGCCAAAUUUCGUGAUAGUUUAUGGGUAGUAUCUGCACGGGCUUGAGCCUUUACUUUAUUUGAGUGAAGUGCAUGAGAAGGGAGUUCAUGAUCUGUGGAGAGCGCCGACGGAUGAGAUUUGCCUGCCACUAAUGGUAUCACUGUGCCAACUGAAUUAUUUGCGUUUGCCACGCCAUGCUUGAUGGCUUUGCCUGCUGAUCUUAAGACUAAGGUAUUGCAUUUUUUACCUGGGGUUGAUCUUGCAAAGGUUGAGUGCACGUGCAAGGAAAUGAGGAAUCUUGCAUUAGAUGAUAGUAUUUGGAAGAAGCUUGUAUUCAAGUAUGAAAAUUAUGGUAAGGGCUGUAGGGGGCGAGCAAGAGUGCGAAGGCCAUAUUUGGAGAAGCUUGGCAGGCCAAUAAGAGAUGGCAGAAGAGGCCUAAUCCAACCUUUUGGUACAAUGGCUGGGGAAACAAUUCUUUUAGCCGUCCACUUAGGCUGCCAUUGAUGGUGGGAACUUAGACAGACUUCCUUUUAUUGGAAAUCAUGGUUCUGUAGGGCGUCACUUUAGAAAUAAACGAAGGAAUAUCUUGCUAAAUUGCAUUCUUGAUUGUCACCGGUCACCGCCACAACUUCCUUUGAAGCCAUGCCAAUGAGUUUGACUUGUAUAUUAAGAGUGGUCGGUAAGUAGUGCAUAGACGGUUAGAGCGCCUUGUUCUUAUCAAAUAUCAAUUAUCAUCAACUCACACAUUAUGCAUAUGCCUUAUCCUAAUAAAUCCCCCAGUACUCCUUUCUAUUUACACAGAAGGCUUUUGUGACUGCUAGAGAGUGAUAGACAAGGUCGAUAAUUGUAUGGUUUAAUUUCUUUCCAUUUUUUAUCCAAGAUUUUUUACUUGGUAAAUGAUGGUGAACUUUCGGCUUAGUGCAAUCGCAGGUUCAAACAGGCAUAUCUCUGAACACCUUGGGCUCUCUAGGCUAUGAGAUAGAUCAUGGAUCGAGACGGAGAAUAGCAGUGUGUCAUUCUAAACUGGGUGAUCAGCCGAAAAGAUCCCAUGGAUAAUCAUUAAUGAUUAUAUGGUAUGUAAUUAGCAAUUUAGCUUGUCUGCAUUUAUUUUUUUUCCAACGAAACUAAUCACACUUUGGAUUAGCUUGAUCAAACGAGAGGUACUGUCAUAUCCAGCCAGGUUGUUUCUAAUUUAACAGAGGGAGGGAACCAACAAAGGCACUCCAUGGGGGAAUGGUUGUGGCCAGGUUUGUUAAUGGUGUUGCGGCUGCAAGCGUCGUGUGGCAUCUGUCGCGACCAAGCAUUACGAGACAGUCUCCUCCAGCGCUUUGCACUGCUCCUAUCAAGAUCAUAGCUCGAGACAUAAGUACCAAGCAGCACUACCUAUAGAGUACUCUCCCUGCAUCAACUGGUUAUAAAAACAAACAGGAACAUUCUUGAUGUUGAAGCACAAAACCCUUGCUGAUGCACAUGGAGACGUUUGUAAUGAUCAUAAUAAAAAGGCUCAAGGAUGCCAACCUUUUCGUGUCACAAGGAGGGCUCAUCAUUCUGGAUUUUUUGUGUGUUUGGCGUAUAACCUCCCAUUGUGAUUAUUCCUAAUUUCAGUAGUUAUUAGUAGCCCCAUGAUUAUAUUAUUGAAUUGUUGUGUUCAAGUGUACUCUAAAUAAUAUAUCAUGAUAGAAAUUUAAAGCUUGUGCAGUAUGUUUCAGUCCUAUGGUAGUUAUAUUUUGCACCAAACCAUUUCACCAUUUUUCUUUGCUUCAUGAUAUGACUCCCACUCUCUUCGGUCCUUGCUAAUUAUUUGACCCAAAAGUGACCCUAUGGUUUGGGUGAACUUGUGAUGUUGUUCUUUGUUUCAGCUUUCUAAUUUCUGUUGUGAUUGGUUUGGUAUGUCAUUGAUGCUUUCGUUAUUAAACAUGCUGCUUCUAUUUUAUCUUCAUCUAUCUAAAUGAUGUUUCCUUUCAGGUCACUCUUAUUGGCAGUCUAGAAAUGCCAAAGGAUGACAUAUGGCUUGUCACAGCUAUCCUAUCUGGUCUCAUUGAAUAAUGUGCGAAGAUAUAAGUCACUGGCUAUCAAUUUCUGUGAAUCAGAUCUUUCUUGGCCUCCUAUCUUCGCCUCAGGCAGCUGGGAUGAGUCUGUCUCAUUACGAUGGGGUGAUCUUGGGCUUUCUGUUUCACAUAUCUUCAGGCCUGUGCCUGGAUGCUGUACCAUGCUUGGUCCUAUGAAUACUGAAGUAAAGCAACGGAAAGUUGUAGCUGUCGGUAGGAAACGGACUGCACGGCCAACAGAAAAUACCUGUCCUGAAGAGCUUGCUGAGUCUUCAGAGGAAGUAAAGACAGACACUGACAGGAAUGUCUUAGUUAUGUUUGAUAUCCUCAGGCGAAAGAAGAGCGCAAAAUUGGAAAACCUUGUGUUGAAUAGGCUUUCAUUUGCCCAAACAGUUGAAAAUGUUUUUGCACUAUCUUUCUUAGUGAAAGAUGGUAGGGUGGAAAUAACUGUAGAUGAUAGCGGGCAUAUAGUACGGCCAAGGAAUGCACCUGCUGCUAGCGCUAUAGCCUCAGGAGAAGUCUCAUACAGUCAUUUUGUUUUUAGAUUUGACUUGAAGGACUGGAAGCUUAUGAAAGAAGUUGUUACAGAGGGAGAAGAGUUGUUGCCACAUAGGACUUCCCAGAGCAAAUUUUGCAACGAAGAAAACGACCAACCAAAUCUGGAGGUACGUGCACAAAUAAUGCCUAUCAGGAAACUCACCCGGAACCGAGGAUUGGUCUUGCAGGAUCAUGUAGUCGAGGAAACUCCUGAAGAGAACCAAGCGUCUAAGCGCAGGCGCCUUUUGAGGAAUCAAGAUUGACCUAGCAAUUGCUUGGCAUGAGUAGUGUAGGCAGGCAACCUGGCUUGUGUUGUAUGCAAAAAAUUGCCUGAGCCUGAGUAACGUGUCUUUCACUAGGUCUGUUGUGCCAUGCUGUCUUGUUCUUGGCACAGCUCGUGCUUAUCUGAACUUCCAGUUGUGCCAGCGGAGUAGGGCUGUAAUUAUAAAUUGUUUGAAGUUCUGGUCACAUCUUGCAACUACAGAAUGGUGUUUGUAGGGCUGAGUGUAACUAGCCAGCUUGGCUCGUGUUGGGUCAUUAAGGGUGUGUUUGGUUGGAUGUAUAUGGAGGGAUGGAAAGGGACGACCACAUAUUCUAUAGUGUUUGGAUUAGAGUCGCGUGGGGCGAGAUAAACAUCGGAGUAAUUUUUUGGUGGCGGUGUGAUUAAAAAAUUUGACUACUUUGAUCUCAAACUAAACACAUUCUAACUCAUUUAUCAUGGCAAGAUAUGUCUCGGGUAAACUUGUUAGGCUGUCAUAACUUAUCCAUCCUAUCUCUUAUUUUAAAUUUUAUUUUUUUGUAAAUAUUAUAAUUUACAGUGCAAAAUAAUGUUUUACACGUCUAUAUAGACGAUCUACUACAAACAACCUUAAGAAAUGAGUUAAAAGUUCAGCUUAACAUCUUGAGCUAAUCAAUGCUAAAGAGAAGUUGCUCAAAUCAAUGUGUGAUUGUGAUCCUUCGUUUGUGCACCCACUGGAUUUGUAUAAGUUGUUUUCUUGUUUUUAUUUUUUUUGUUAUUCCUACCAUUAAAUUGGGCAUUCAAUACAUGUUCAUUAUCUUUAUGCUUAUGCAAUCAAAUAAUGAUGGAAAAUAACUGACUUGGCUGCUCUCUUGAGUUGUGGCAACGGAAGUUCCAGGCCCCGUUGCAGCUGGGAGUGGUUUUAUACUCGCUGAUGACAUCAAGUCUUAGGUGCUUCCAUUGAUCAAUGACUCAGGGAAAUAUGGAGGGAUCAUGAUGUGGUUCAAGUACUAUGAUGAUCAAGAUGGCUACAAUUCUUGAGUGAAGAGUGAUGUUUAGGUUGUUGUCUGUGGUGUGUGACAAUAUCUGUGUGUUAAUUGUGUGUAUGUGAGAAAUUAUGUGACUCUGGAGUCUGGAUAGUGCAAUAAGUAUUACUCAAGUAUAUGAUUGAAUCUUAUGUCAUACUAUUCAAAUUAUGUCAUAUGUAUCUUUUAAGGUAUGUAAACAUCCACUUUUAGCGAUGUUAACAAAAGAAUAGAACAAUAA